AUGUAUCAACCACACCAACAAACACAAGUUACGUCCCCUUCAUGGUGUCCACAACAACAACAACAACAACAACCAAACACCUCAUUGAACCACCUUCCAAACAGUUCAUUUCAUUCCAUUGCCAUGUCUCUCAACAAUAAGGCAUGUCUUUCAUGUAGACUUGCUCAUAAAGCUUGUGAUAGACAAAGACCAUGUUCUAGAUGCGUGCGGAGAGGUUGUCCUGAACAAUGUUGUGAGUGUCCAGAGAGAAAGAGAGGCCGACCUCGUAAAUGGUCAUCAAAGAAUGAACAAGACGAACAUUUGUCGGCAUCUGAUGCGACCAUAACGACGAAUACGAGUUGUACUUCUGCCACAUCAACCGUGUGCUGUUCUGAUGAAUCCAAUGAAGAAGUAUCUUCACCAAGAGUCUUUUCAACCAUCCAGCAUGUUGAGAACAGCAGUAAUAGCAUUGCUGCCUCUUCGAGUCUUCUUCCUUCAAGAGAGACCAUUUCAUCGUCGUCUUCUUCAUGUGUCCUUUCAAAACCUUUUCACAGCAGCAGCGGUAUUAAAAAGAAGAAUCAUGAAACAGCGCUCGUACGAAAGCGAAAGAAUAUCAAGAUUAUGAAUUAUAAUCCCAAUCAUAAGGAAAAUAGAAGUGCCAAGUUUUGUGUGGUCAAGAGCUCUCCUUGCAGUAGUGAAAAUAGGAAGAAUCGUCGCACCGGUUCAACCAACCCCACCACAACCAUGGUCAAGAAGCUUCUUGAACAAGGUAUGGUUUACAAACAUGAACAAGAACCAUCGCCAUCACAUUCUCAAGAGACUUCUACGUCCAUUAGAAAGCAAGAACAACAAGGCAACCACAACAACAACGUUGACUUCAUCCAUCACCAUGUUCACGACUGCCCAUUACCAACUCAAAUUUAUGCACCUCCUUUAGCACAAGAAGCAUGUGUGAAUUCACACUACUUUGAAAUGACCAGUUGCUACUCUUCGUCGAAUGUUGUUCACACACAGCAACAACAUGCUCCAGCUUUGAAACAUACAGAAACUCAUGGCGCUUCGACUCAACCACACCAUGCAAUAACAACAACACUCACUACCCAACAUCAUCCUGACUCUAGUCCAGCAUUGCCUCCUUUCACUUAUUCACAAGAAGCAUUCAACUUCCCGCAUUCUCGUAUUGCCAUGCUCAAUCGAGGACAAGGUCAUUCUAAUGAAGUUUACAUGAGUCACUCACUUUCACACCAUUCAGCCUCUCGCCCAACUCGGAUUGCGACAUUUUGGAAUUCUCCUUCGCACUACCCAGAAACGUUGUGUCCAAGCAGCCUCAUACCUUCUUGCAUGACACUAGAACCUCAUCAAAACCAACAAACCCCUCUCCCUUCCAUCAAAACAUUACUUAGCUCUCUCGAACAACAAUAA